GUCACUGCAGCUUGAAAACCUCACCAUGCAGGAGUUACUAGAAAACAUGGAACGCAUUGUAGAAAUGAGCAAUGGAACACAUGUGAUCUGUCGUCACACCAGCGCUCAACAAAGAAAAGAAGCUCCUGUUACUCUGAAUUAUCCUCAGCCUGUUGGACGUAGACUCUGCAUUUUGCUGUUUGGAGGGAACUCAGCAAAGAAGACAGAACUCUGUAACUUUAUUGUGAAGAAAAAUUACGAUUUUUCAGGAUUUACUCCAGGCAGACAAGUUUUCCAUGGAGAGUGGAGAGGAAAACCUUUAACAGUAGUGAAAACUCCUGACUUCUUAAGUCUGUCUCUGAAAACAGUGAGAGAAGAGAUGAAGAGGAGUGUGAGUCUCUGUCCUCCUGGACCAAAUGUUCUGCUGCUGAUGGUGAAACCUUCUGAUUUCACUGAUGAGAGCAGAAAAACUCUCAGUUUGACCCUGAGUGUGUUUAAUGGAGAUGCUUUUAAACAUUCAAUGGUCAUCAUCACAGAUGAGGAGACGAUCAAUUUUUCUGUUAAUUCUUUCCUUAGAGAUUGUGAAGGUAGACACUACAACAUGUUUGAAAAUGAUCAUAGACAGUUAAUGGAGAAGAUUGAGAACAUCGUGCAUGAGAACGAAGGAAAAUUCCUCACAGUCACUGAAGAGACCAUCAGACCAAUGUCUGAACUCAUUAAACCAUCUUUAAACCUGGUUCUGUGUGGGAGCAGAGGAGCAGGGAAGACUUCAGCAGCCAAGGCCAUUUUAGGUCAGACUGAGCUUCAUUCAGUCUCCAACUCAUCAGAGUGUGUUAAACAUCAGGGAGAGGUGUGUGGACGUUGGGUUUCCCUGGUGGAGCUGCCUGCCUUGUAUGGAAAACCUCAGGAGGCAGUGAUGGAGGAAUCACUCAAGUGUAUCUCCCUCUGUGAUCCUGAGGGUGUCCAUGCCUUCAUCCUGGUCCUACCUGUGGCUCCUCUCACUGAUGAAGUCAAGAGAGAGUUAAAGACCAUCCAGGACACAUUCAGCUCUCGAGUCAAUGACUUCACCAUGAUUCUGUUCACUGUGGACUCAGAUCCUACAGAUCCAGCUGUUCUUAACUUUGGAAAGGAAGACAAGGACAUCCAGAAGCUCUGUCAGACUUACAGAGGACGAUAUGUUGUUCUCAACAUUAAGAACAAACAGCAGAUCCCAGAACUGUUGAAUCAUGUGGAAAAGAUGAGACCAGACAAAAAACAAUUCUGUUAUACAACAUCAACAUUUGUAUUCGCAAAAAUGGAUCAAAUUUCACAACAGCAGAAAAAAAUAAUUUCUCUACAGGAGGAGCUUAAUGAGAUGAGGUCAAAGGUCACAGACACUGGUGAUGAUGAGAACAUGAACACAGAGCCUCUCAGGAUUGUCCUGAUAGGAAAGACUGGCUGUGGAAAGAGUUCUUCAGGGAACACAAUUCUAGGAACAGACAAGUUUAAAGCUGAAUCAGCUCAAAAGUCAGUAACUACAUACUGCCAGAAAGCACAGGGUGAGGUGGACGGUCGUCCUGUUGCUGUGGUCGACACUCCUGGUCUCUUUGACACAACUCUGUCAAAUGAAGACGUUUAUGAGGAGAUGGUGAAAUGUGUCAGUUUCCUGGCUCCAGGACCACAUGUCUUCUUGUUGGUGAUACAGAUCGGCAGGUUCACAGCAGAGGAGAAGGAGACAUUAAAACUCAUCAAGAAAUUCUUUGGCAAGAAUUCAGAAAAGUUCACCAUCAUUCUUUUAACCAGAGGAGACGAUCUGAAAGCUGACAAGCAGACCAUUGAUGAGUACAUUGAUAAAAAAUGUGAUAAUUCCUUCAAGAAGCUGAUCUCUGACUGUGGAGGAAGAUACCAUGUGUUCAACAACCAUGACAAACAAAACCGCACACAAGUCAGUGAGCUGAUAACAAAGAUUGACACCAUGGUGAAGAACAAUGGUGGCAACUACUACACCAAUGAGAUGCUGCAAGAGGCUGAAACUGCAAUACAGAAAGAAAUGCAGAGGAUCCUGAAGGAGAAAGAAGAAGAGAUGCAGAGGAUCCUGAAGGAGAAAGAAGAAGAGAUGCAGAGGAUCCUGAAAGAGAAAGAAGAAGAGAUGCAGAGAGAAAGAGAAGAACUUGAAAGGAAACAUCAGGAAGAAAAGAAGAGCCUGCAAAGAAGAAUGGAAAAACAGAGAGAUGAAAUUGAAAAAGAGAGAAAACAGAGAGAGAAACGUGUAACCCAGUGUUAAAAACGGGAUUAAAAGUAUAAAUAUUCAUAUUCUCACAAUGGGAAUAAAUAUGGAUAAAAAGAAGUUAAAUAUAAUAAAUACUGAUAAAAAGCAUGUAAACAUAAGUUUAAUUAAUAUGUAUGUAUGUAUAUGUAAUAUAUAAAUGGUGUGGGGGCAGGACUUUGUCCUUUAGAGUGUGUUUGUUAGAUUCACUGAGCGACCAAUCAGUGGCCGGUCUGACCCUCCCCCAGUCUGUGUGCGCUGCUCAGACACCUGUUUGUGCCUUCGUGUGCCAGUCAGAUACGCCAGAGACACAGACGGUGAAAGGUCCGUUUACCCGUGUGGUGAAGAAGCUAGCUGGAUAGCAAAAGUUCUUUUUUCAGUGGAAAUAGUAAGAGUGAUACUGUAUUCCAGAGGCCGUGAGCUAGCGUGAGCCCUGUGAAGCCCCGUGUAAGCAUUUGUUGCUUCACAUGGUCAGGUUUUUUUCCUUUGCUUAUUUGGAUUGGAUUGGUUUUGAGGACCUGAGAAGAAUCGAGGAUCCCUUUUCCAGUACUGGAUGGCGAGCCCAGCCCAAAGAGCCGGAUGAACUGGUAGAUUGUAACCCGACUGGUUACAAACACACUGAGUGACUAUUGAACAUUGACAGACUGAAUUUGACUUUAAAAAGAAAGACACAAAAGACAAUAUAUCCUUGGGUCGACCAUUUGUGGGGUUUUAUUUUAUUUUGUUUUAUGAAGCGCGCUCUACUUUUGUUAA